AGUACGAUUUCUCCAUUAAUUCCGUAGGCCUCGUUGGCCAAGUGAGUGGACGUUGUGGAUGGCACAUGGUGUUUGGAAUUGGAUAGUAUGGAUCAUAUGGCUCAUGACAUGUAAUUGAUGUGUAGGACUAAAGAGUGUAAUUUUUUCACAUUCUGCGUAGAUGGUGCAAGUUCUGAUAAUGAGCCAUGAGAGUUGACCCUAGAUUUAUGCAUAAGAUAAAGUCUCUGCUGAGUGUGACAGUAGGUGCAUUUGGUGCCUUUUCUGCUGUAAGCAUCUACAAAGAAAAUGAAAAAUUCUUUGACAGCAUUUUGAUGCCACUUGUGCAUACCCUAAAUCCAGAGACAUCCCAUAAAGUUGCUAUUAUUGCUUCAAAGUAUGGACUUUUUCCAAAAAGCUCAUAUGAAGAUCCAUCAGCACUGAAAACUCAAGUUUGGCAGCUGAAUUUUAAAAAUCCUAUAGGAAUUGCUGCUGGUUUUGACAAGCAGGGAGAAAUAAUUGAACCUCUUCACAAGAUUGGGUUUGGGUUUGUAGAGAUUGGCUCAGUCACUCCAGUCCCACAACCAGGAAAUGAAAAGCCCCGAGUGUUCCGCCUUCAGAAGGAUGAAGCCGUGAUCAACAGGUAUGGUUUCAACAGUGAUGGCCAUGAAGCUGUCUACAAUCGACUUCAACUUCUUAAGGCCAGCACGUCAUUUUUAGGCAUUAUUGGAGUUAAUUUAGGAAAGAAUAAAAAUUCAGAUGAUCCUGUCAGAGAUUAUGUGGAUGGCAUAAAGAAGUUUGGAGAUGUUGCUGACUAUCUUGUAAUAAACAUAUCUAGUCCAAAUACCCCGGGAUUACGCUCGUGGCAGAAGAAAGAGCAUCUUGAAGAGCUGUUGGCAAAAUUAGUAGCAGCUCGUAAUGAACUCAGAGGACCCAGGAAACCUCCAUUGCUGUUAAAACUGGCACCAGAUCUCACACAGGAAGAAAGGAAAGACAUUGCUGAUGUACUGAAAAAUAAGAAGUGUUAUGUGGAUGGCCUAGUGAUCUCCAACACUACAGUUAAACGGAUGCCAAACCUAUCUGACAGGCAGGCAGCAGAAACAGGUGGUCUUAGUGGGAGACCACUCACAGAGUUGUCUACAGCCCUGAUAGCAGACAUGUACAGGCUAACAGAAGGGAAGCUUCCCAUUAUUGGUGUGGGUGGUGUAUUUUCUGGUAAAGAUGCCUAUGAUAAGAUCAAGGCUGGCGCUAGUCUUGUGCAACUGUACACUUCCUUCAUAUAUCAUGGACCACCAAGAGUGUCCCGAGUAAAGCGGGAAUUGGAUGAACUAAUUCGAAUUGAUGGUUGGAGCUCUGUGGCUGAAGCUGUUGGAACGGGACAUUCAUCCCAAAAAUGAACAUCUUAUCAGAGAAUAACUGACUUGUUUAUAAUUUCAUGUGUUGGUUUUUUAUAACUGUUGACUGUUCCUAUGUUAAUUUGUACAUUGUAAUAAUAAUGUAAUUGUGAAUUUGA